AUGCAUACGGACGGGGUCCGGAUACUACGAAGGCUGGGGAUCCCGACGCUCCGCGACCGCAGCUCGCGGAUACGAACCGCGAACGGUCAAAUCGCCACGAUCGCGGAGGAAGCCGACGUGACGGUGGAGUUGGAGGGGAGACGCCACUCUCUCUCCGUGUGCCUCUUGCCGAAUUUGGUUGUCCCGUGCGUGGCGGGUGUAGAUUUUCUGUGCGUUUUCGGUAUUAGUCUCGAUUUCACUGCCGUGGCGUGGACUUUUGCGGACGAGCCUGAUCGCAGGUAUCCGUUCGAGCUUGGCGGGAAAAAUAUUACGUCCGCAGUCGCCGGCGUUCCGGCCGGUGGCGGGCUUUCGGAGUUGACAUCGGAUCAGGAACGACGUCUAGAGGAAUUUUUAGAAAACCACGUACCAAAACAAGUCGCGAAUCCGGGUGUUACUAAGCUUACCGAGCAUCGCAUUGACGUGGGACAACACCGGCCCGUGAAACAAAGGUGUUAUUUAGUUUCGCCGAAGGUUCAGGACGCGAUUCGCGAGGAAAUCAACAAAAUGUUAGAAGCGGGAAUUAUAGAACCGUCGUUUAGCGAGUGGUCGAAUCCCAUUGUGAUGGUGAAGAAGACCACGAGCAAAUAUCGGUUUUGCCUUGACUUUUGGAAAAUAAACAGCAUUUCAAAGAAGGACGCGUACCCGCUACCAAAUAUGAACGGUAUUCUCGAUAAGCUGCGACCCGCCCAUUACAUCUCAACGAUCGACUUGAGCCAAGCGUAUUUUCAGAUUCCUUUAGCAAAGGAGAGUAGGGAAAUUACCGCGUUUAGCGUCCCGGGUAAAGGGUUGUAUCACUUCACUCGCAUGCCGUACGGAUUGACGGGGGCGCCCGCGACCUUUCAACGACUCCUCGACAAACUGAUCGGUCCAGAGAUGGAACCGCAUGCGUUCGCGUACCUGGACGACAUCGUCGUGGUCACGUCCACGUUUGAGGAACAUUUAGAGUGGCUCCAACGGGUUUUGGAUAAAAUCGCCGCAGCCGGUCUCACUAUCAAUCCGGGCAAAUUUAGGGAGGGGCUAACCAUUGACCCCGAUAAAGUGCAACCGAUCUUGGAGUAUCCGGCUCCGCGCAAUCUAAAGCAAUUACGCCGUUUCCUCGGGAUGUCGUCCUGGUACCAUCGCUUCAUCCCACAAUUCGCGACGCUCAGCGAACCGCUCACCCGAUUACUUAGGAAAAACCAGAGGCCGUACCUCGAAGGUUACAAAUUUACGGUGAUAACCGAUCAUAGUAGUUUACGCUGGCUUCACCAUCUCAAGAACCCGACGGGUCGACUAGCGAGGUGGGCGUUGGAGUUGCUCGAGUACGACUAUGAAGUUGUACAUCGUAAGGGCGCGCAACACCAUGUUCCGGACGCCUUGUCGCGAAUGUUCGAGGGGGAAACCGAGCCCGCCGUGGUCGCGGUCGCCGACGCGAUUAAUCCGCCGAACACGCAGGACCAGUGGUAUCUUAAAAAAUUUCGCGAGGUGGGGAAGGUAAAGAGAAACUGUACCGACUGGAAAAUCGUGGACGGGCAACUCUAUUUCCUGAAACCGCGCCCGGUGACUUCGGCCAUCGUCCCCGAUCUAGACCGUUGGAAGUUGGUAUUGCCACGGGAAUUGCGGGAGGAGGCUCUGCGGGAGUCUCACGACGAUCCGCAGUCCGGUCACUUGGGGGUCGAUAAAAUACACUACCGCUUGAGUAUCGCGUACUACUGGCCGAAUGCGUUUCGCGAUGUGGCAGGGUACGUGAAAAGGUGCAAGGUCUGCCAGCGGACAAAGGUCGAACAAGCCAGUCCCGUGGGACUGAUGGGGCGUCGCGUGAUAGGGGCACGGUGGACAGUCAUAGCGGCGGACAUAAUGGGUCCAUUACCGCGAAGUAGAAGCGGCUAUUCGUAUCUCCUCGUGAUACAAGAUUUGUUCACUAAAUGGGUCGAAUGCCAAGCGCUGCGAACCGCAAACGGCAAAAGGAUACGGGAAGCUCUCGAGGAUCUCGUUUUGUCGCGAUUGGGUACGCCAAAAUUCCUACUGACGGAUAACGGGACCGAGUUCGUGAACCAGACGUUGAGGGCUUUUGCGCAGGAUUUCGAGAUAACGCACACAACCGUCCCGCCGUACCACCCGCAAGCCAACCCCGUAGAGAGGGUGAACCGGGUAUUGAAAACGAUGAUUAUCGCGUUUCUCGAUCGUGACCACCGCGACUGGGAUCUUCAUAUCCAUGACUUCUGUUUCGCGUAUAACACCGCCCACCACUCAUCCAUCGGAACCUCGUCUGCGUUUUUAAAUCUCGGUCGUGAAUUAGAGCCAAUUAACUUUCUGCGUCGUCGUUGCCGCAACGCUAUCGAGGUGGCCUCGGGCGAAGCGGGGGACUGGUCGCGACGUAUGCAAGACUUGCGAGCGUUGCAUGCGUGGGUUUCGGAGAAUCUUGAGCAGGCAUACCAAAAACAAGCGAAGUACUACAACCAGCACCGGCGUGAUAAGGUUUUUGGGGUGGGAGAGCUCGUUUUGAAGAGACAGCACGUUCUAUCGUCCGUGGCCCAAAACAUCGCGGCGAAGUUGUCACAGAAAUUCCAUGGACAAUUUCGAGUUUCGAGAGCCCUUUCGCCCGUCGUAUACGAGCUCACCGAGUUAGACGGAACCGCAGUAGGAAAAACCCACGUAAAAGACCUCAAAGCGUAUCGUUGCCCGACAGUGGGCAACCCGUCGAGGCCUUAUUUCGCGCCCCCUCGACCUCCCGGAGCCACCCAUCAGCCAAUCCGGCUAGAUCGGUGGUCGUACUCCGGGAGAUCACUCCCAGUUGGCGGUCCACGUAUCGCCGCUGGUCCGGCAUGA